ACACCGUCCUCUCUGACGUCACCGCCCUCUGAUCAUCCGAAAUCCCUGAUAACGCGGCGCGCGCUCCCGCUCGGCUCUGAAUGGGGGUCUCAGUCCAGCUUCUAGUACAACCGGAGACGUAGACGCGGUCGGUCCACCCCCCCACUCCAGGCUCCUCUCCUCUCCUCUCCAGUCCGGUCCGGUCCGGUCCGCCGCUCUCAGACACACACCGGCACUCAACGGCUCCUCCUCCUCCUCCUCCUCCUCCGGUGCUCCACACUCAUUCAGGUAGUCCGGCUCAGACACCGACAGUCCAGAAAGUCGUCCAGGUUCUAGUGUGAGUGACUCUUCCCUCCCUCAGCGCGGCUCGGUUCUGACGGGCGGAGUCUGUCUCUCUGUCUGUCCAGGAAUGAGAAAUGAUGGCCGGCUCUGCAGCAGAGGAGAAAACCUUCCGACGGUUCCUGGAGCUCUUCCUCCGGGAGAUGAGAAUGCCUCUGCAGGAGAGCGACCCGGUUCCGAUGCGCCCCUUGUCGGACCUGGUGACUGAGGACGAGGUGGAAGGGGAAUGCCUCGACCUGUGUCUCCAGCACCUCUACAAAUAUAACUGCCCGUGCUCCCUGGCUGCAGCCCUGGCCAGAGCCACAGCAGACAGCCUCCUGCAGACCGACCUCACCAUCCACCACCUCAAUAAGACUGUCGAGGAUGGAGCUGACCCACUACCACAGAUCGAGUCCGUGAAGUUCUCCCGGCUGGUGUUUAACAGACUGUUCGAGAUGUGCUGCAUCUGGAUGAAGGAGCUGCCCUUCCACCGCCGCCCGCAGCCGUACUACGAGACCUCCAUCCACGCCAUCAAGAACAUGAGGCGCAAGAUGGAGGACAAACACGUCAUCAUCCCCGACUUCAACUCACUCUUCAACAUUCAGGAUCAGGAAGAACAGGCUUACUUUGCUGUGUUUGACGGUCACGGCGGCGUGGACGCUGCCAUUUACGCUGCCAACCACCUCCACGUCAACUUAGUUCACCAGGAGUCCUUCAGCCAGGACCCCAUCGAGGCGCUCUGCAAAGCCUUCAAAGUCACCGAUGAACGCUUCGUGAAGAAGGCCUCACGGGAGCACCUGCGUUGCGGUACGACGGGCGUGGUGACGUUCCUGCGGGGUCGGACGUUGUACGUGGCCUGGCUGGGAGACUCCCAGGUCAUUCUGGUCCGGAGGGGACAGGUUGUGGAGCUGAUGAAACCACAUAAACCAGACAGAGAGGAUGAGAAGCAGAGGAUCGAGGCUCUGGGAGGCUGUGUGAUCUGGUUCGGCACCUGGAGGGUUAACGGCAGUCUGUCCGUAUCCAGAGCGAUCGGUGACUCGGAGCACAAGCCGUACAUCUGUGGUGAUGCAGACCACGGUAUCUUCCCAUUGGACGGUACAGAAGACUACCUGAUUCUGGCCUGUGAUGGCUUCUGGGACACAGUGAAUCCAGAUGAGGCGGUGCGGGUGGUCAGCGACCACCUCCUGGAGAACACUGGAGACACCACCAUGGUAGCCCACAAGCUCGUGGCCUCGGCCCGAGAUGCGGGCUCUAGCGAUAAUAUCACUGUCAUAGUGGUCUUCUUGCGGGACCCACGCUCCCCACCACCCACCAGCACGGAGGACGAGGAGGAGGGUGUGGUGGAGCGAGAGGUUGAGGAGGAGGAGGUAGCAGAGGUGGAGGAGGAGGAACAGGAAGAGGAGGAGGAGGAAAAUGAAGCAGUCAGGGUAGAGCGCGAUGGUGGUGAGGGAGGCAGCACUGCGGACAUCGGGGGGAAGGGUCGCGGAGGCUGGCCCCUGCAGCAGUGCUCGGCCCCCGCUGACCUCGGCUACGAAGACCGAACGGACUCGUUCACGGACAGAACUAGCCUCAGCCUGCUGGGGCCGUCGCUGGAGGGUCGCAUCUCCCUGACCUCACAGCAGCCCUGCUCCGACUUUAGCCCCGACCUCUCCACAACCUCUUACAUCUAUCGAGAAGAACGCCCACAGAGGCGCAGGUCCUGUAUCCCUUUUCAGGAGUCCAGCAUCUCUAGCUUCACGGACCCACUGUGGCCCCAGACAGCCAUGCUGUUAGGCCAGGCAGUGAGGCGAAGCCGCAGGCUCGGUUAUGGUAGUCGCCGGUUGGGCCGAAGGUGGCCAGGCACAUCCAAGGAGCUGCUAGGCCUCUUGCCAUCUGGCCACUUGCUGCCGCACGUGCAGCGCUACUCCAACCGGAGGCCUGGAGUGGCAGUGCCUCAUCUGCCCCACGAUACCACCAUCUGAAGCGGUGACCCAAUCCAAGCCAUCUCCUUCAUUUAUUCAGUCCUGCUCCCUGCCCCUCAGCCCAACCACCCACCCACCCACCUCUGCCUUCAACAACAUGUCUUUCUUUGAUAGUAGGUAGUUGUGGCUCCUGCGGUCGUUACGUGAUUAUUGAAUCUCUGUUGGAGGAGUGGUGCUCUCUGUCCUAAAACGAAAUGUUUCCAAUUGUCAGCCAGCCCACUAAACACAAGCCCUGCUCCUUAAUGCUGUAGGUAAAGCUCAAAACUGCAUCCAUUGUGACCCCUGAUCAGUCGACAUGAAGCCAGAGCUGGAAAUGCAGGUUCAUAAAAUGUGUUCAGACUGAAUCUUAGAGGCAGUGUGACCCUAAACUGUCACAUAAUGUACUCUCAGUGAACAUUGCUAGCUAGCUGGAGUUUAAGUCUGUAUUGGACUAUGAAAGGGAGGUAAAAGUUCACUUGCAUUCAGUCUGAACACACGUUUAAGUUAAAUUUGUAUGCUUGGUCGCUCCACGUUCUCAGCAGAGACAGAAAUGAUUUAUUUUGGACAGCAAGAAGAAGGAUUGUUGCUCUCUGAUCCAGGCAGAAAGAGAAAUUUGAUCUCACCACUUACACCCCCAUUCACACCUUUUUUGAAAUUGUGUUCUGUAUCCGGACAUGUUGUGCAGAUAAGGAAAAAAAUGCGUUAAUGCAAUCGUGGCUCGCAUUGUGUGCAGAUCUUAGGUAGGUGUAAACACAAUCAGUACAACGCGCUGGUGUGAUUAUACGUCUAUUCUGUGAAAUGGACAGAAAACCGGUGGAAAUUAAUGAUAUACAGUAAGAAAUAUCUGUCCGACUCAUCUGUUCGUCUGCUGUUAACAGAGAAUAUAUUUUAUCUAGACACAGAGUAGCCUACGCGCCAGUACUGCAACACAAACUGACAAUAUUCCUUUAUACAAAUGACGGAAUAAAUUAUUACAUUUGCCCAAUUUACAAGAGUUGCAACGUAAUUAAGAAGCUUCCUCUAACUCGACAACGCACACAACUUUUUUGAGGUGAUUCUUGAGCUGAUUUCCUGCCACUCGAAUGAAAAUGCAUUGAAACGUAUCUGGAUACAAACUGUAUUUUAAGCAGGUAUAAAUAGAAGUAAGAAUAUGCACUAAUUAGCCAAAUUUGCUAUGUGGACAACCUAUAAAUUCCACCAAAAUUCUUGUUAAUAUAUAAGCCAAUAAAGAGAUCUCUCCAUGCAGGUGAAUCCCAAACUGUUCUCAUGUCAUUGUAGCUGUAAAGUAGCAUCAAGUUUUCUCUUCCGGCAGAGUGUGAUCGCUCAUCUUCAUCAUUCCUCUUUCCCUCCUGUUAAAUGUAGCCCAGGUGUAAAUGCAGGGUGAGGUGACACAUGUCAUCUUUUGUCUUGCUGUCGAGAAACGUCGAGCGACCGAGCAUUACAUUAAGCUCUAAUGGCCUAGCUCUUUGUCUCCCCCCCCUUCAGCGAUCCAGAUGAAUAAAGUUCAUAGAGGAGGCCAUAACAAUUGGUUCUGGUUUCUGGGACUGAAGGCACAUGCUGUUCUCCCCUCCUCCCUCCCCUCACCCUCCCAUACAGUCAAUGACCCAGCCAUUAUCCAGCCACAAUUUGUCUACAGAUAAAAGCACUUAACACCGGAUUAUAAAAGAUUAGCAGUCACUUACCUGAAUAAAUGCUUCAUGUAGUCCAGUAUUCCAGAUGUGCAUAUACUCCUGGGAUAAUGGUUUUAUUUAGGGAGGGGGCUGGAUGGGUGGGAAGGGGAGUGGUGGGGGUAUUUAAAAAUAUAUUUUUGUUAUAGUUGUUGGGCCACAUAGCUAUUGCAAGUGUAUUUUCUUUUACACAAAACCCAUUGAACAUACGUCCAGCAGGCUUGAUAAGUGCAAACCAUUUAAUGUUGGGCCAGGAUAGUUGAAAGCUGCAGAACACGUGCCUUCCAUAUGUGUUACUAAAGCCUACUUCCUUCACACUCACACAUUCACUAAAUUCAUGCGUUAACAUCACCAUUAAGGAGUCGGGUCACAUUAUGACUUUGUGCCACUUAAAAAAAAAAAGGAAGAGUUGUGACAUUUUUGGAAGAACGUUUAUUUGGUUUCUUACCAAGAGUUGGAUUGAGAUUGACACCACUCUCAAAGUUAAAUGUGAAGUUAAAGCUAGCAGCCAGUUAGCUUAGCUUAGCACAAAGACUGGAAGCAGGGGAGGGGACAGCUAGCAUGGCUCUGUCCGAAGGUAAAUCAGUUAAUUGAAAGCCUCUAUCUUUAAGAAGGAUGCACUGCACAGUCCCUCCAGGAAGUUGCGAUCACAACAAUCAACGAGCCAAUCACAGCUUUUGACCAAUCAUUGUGGUCUCCUGCCCUAAGCGCCAGACUAACAACUGUAGUUGUUAAGAUGCAGACGAUGUACGAUGCAAAUGUCUCACAUUUAACCUCGUAACCCUGCGGUACGCUACAAACAAUGCGAUUUUGUUCUCACUGGAACAAGUUGCGUUCAAUUUUUAAUGAAUUAUACAACAAAAAUUGCAACUAGUUUUGCAAUAUUUAGCUUCUCCUGAAAUUGAAUUGCAAGAAAAUACCUAAAAACACAGAAACAAUCCCCCAAAUUAUCCUGGAGGUGCAUAGUUACAGUUGUCUUCCAGUCUAAAGACUUGCAGCACAGGAAAAUCGCUAGUUUGGCUACGUCCAAAUGUAAAAAGAACAAAAUCAACCAACAAUCUUACAUGUGUUUGUGCACGGAUCAAACAACUGUGUUAAUUAGAUGCUGGUAGGAUUUUGUCACCUUUGGACAGCCCUCUCUCCAGUCUUUAUGCUAAGCUAAGCUAACUGGCUGCUUCCCGUUUAGGGCAGAGACCUGAGAGUGGUAUCAAACGUUUGAAGAAAGUGAAUAAGCACAUUUCCCAAAAUGUCCUUUUAAGAUUCACAUAAUCUCCACGUGUGUGUGCCUCAGUAGCGUGAGGUAAGAGAGCAAAGUAUUUCUAUCUGUAAAUAAAGUUGUGGUGUUAGCAGCCCAUCCGUUACAGUAGCUUAUUAGACAGCAAACGUCUCAGUCAUCACCAACUGCAAGAUAGCUCCCGCUGCCAGUGUAAUCACUGAGGCCGGCUCCCAUGGCCCCACAGCGUCUUUAUAACUGGAUCUUUCUCUGAUCUAGAUCUAGAUUCUUCAAUGGAGUGCCCCCUCUCUGCUAUCUGACACAGUACUGCACUUGAGUUAUGUUAGCACGUCGUGUAUGCCACAGUUCACAAGACUGCACUGACAUCUGGCUGAGCCAUAAAAGCCAGUUUGCCAUCGAUAUUCACUGGUUUCAUAUAUCUAUAACACCAAAUACGGUAGGUGGUCCAUUAUGUAGAGUUCCUAUUUAAUGCUAAUUCAUAAUCACAAUUAACAUAUGUAAUCAUCAAAUAAUCUUGUAAUAGCACCCAUAACCAGUUAACUCGAUGAGACUGAUCUGCAGAAAGACUAUAAAUGUGUAACUUUCUUGCGAAUACACACAAUAUCAUUACUGUAUCUAACCAUACUUGAUGACUAUAAACUUAACUAUACCACACAAUGGCUAUGAAAUCAUAGGUAAACCCUGACCCACGUCCCCCCCCCAAGUUUUUAACUCUGUCAUUUUCACUUUCAAAGUACUAAAAACUGCCCCCGUUCACAUUAACAUGCUUGAAAUCCUUUGGUUGCCUUUUACUGCUUUAUAUUUUAUUUGCUAUGGCGGCAACUGACUGUUCUCUAAGCCCCGCCCCCCUUUGGUUACUGUUGUUACACUUGUCAGACCGUCCGCUCUCGCAUGGCACAAAAUUAUAACGGUGGCAAAUUCACACCUCGAAAUUCUUUGCAAUUUUUCAACCAAAUGGAUCCUUGAUUUCAGGCCGGCAAUGUCAGAUUUUAGCUGAAUUAGCAUCAGCUCCAUGUGUAGCUUUGCGUCCAGUUGACUCUGAAACAAGAACUCUUUGCCUUUGACGGCUACGUACUGUACAUGAAAUAAUGCUAAAAGACUGAGGCUAAAGUCCCUAAUUUUCUUCUGACAUAACCCUGUUUCGAUGCUAACGGAAUAAUGUACAAGCAACACAGAGAUUAGGUGAUUUAUGCUUUGAUUUUUAACGUUACAAGAGAAAAGGGUUGAGGUUGAGGACUAACCGAGGUGUUUGGCUGAGCUGUAAACGGUAGCUACUAGCAUCCGGUACCGGCUACCACGCGGUACGAUAAAUACGUCACAGUAGAUGCCCCAGUCCCUUUUUAACAUAACCUGUUGUUGCCCCACAAAAUAAUAAAGUUAGCUAACUAAUGAUAUUCUGAUUGACUUUGUAAGUAACGUUAGAUUGAUGUCACAACUGUAGGUAGUAGUAGGCCAGUUAGCCGUACAUGCUAACUUUUUAAUCCAUUUCUUACGCUUCUCUUGUGUUUUGGGUUUUGGAAACAGGGCGGCACAAUAUGUUAAAAAAAAUAAUAAUAUUGUGAUUAUUUUGACAGAUAUUGUGAUAUGAUUCACGAUACAUGAUGAUGUGGUGUUGAGGUCUAUACUGAAAGAUUUGUAGAUUUAUAGGGUUCUUUGCAAAACUACUUCAUUAUCUUUAUUAUCAGCUUCUGCAUUUUGGUUAUUGUUAUAUUAUUUAAUUUGUGCAGCCCUAAAGGCUAAAAAAAACCCUGAAACUGUUUAUGUUUAACGAUUUUGUUGUGUAAAAAAUUUAAAGAUUUGGCAGACCUGCCGUGCCUAGCUUCGAUUGUUUGGAGGGUUGGGGCUUACCAAACAGUCAUUAGGACACAUUAAUUAUUCCCAAACAUUCCCUACCAUCAUCAUUCCCCCAUUCUUUCUUUGAUGCAGUGAAUUUUUCCAAAUGUCAGGAUGUUAACAAGUAAUUGACCAGGUUCUGUAAAUCGUGCCUCCACUCUCCUGGCCCAGUCGCCAACCUGAUGAAACACCCGGAAGGUGUCCGAUCAAAACCAGGUGGUUCAUCAGGCAACAGGUGCCGGACAUAAGAGGGCCAUCACCUCGGACUCAUAAACCCUUAAACCCUCCCGCGGACUGACUAGUGAAGAGCAUCAGACUGUCAGUGGAGCAGAAUGUACCUCAUGUCCCAGAAGGUCCUCAGAGACUCUGAAGUGGGUCUACAUGAGGUGGUGUUUCUUUGUGGAGAUUCUUCUUUCCGGGGGAGCAUCAAUCAAUCAAUCAACCAAUCUAUCUAUAAGGAAUGUACUGUCGAGAUAACUCAACAAACUGAAGCCACUGGAUCUCUUUGUGGAAGUAUCGCUACAGUAUCCAGAAGUGGUCGAAGACAGGCGAAGUCAUCGGCAAACAAAAAUGAAGUCACAGUCAUUUCAAAUAUCACUUAGGCACGGAUGCGUAUGUAUAUUACGAGUAAUAAUUGUGAAUCGAGCGAGUGCUGGAGGAUUGUACAUAUAAUAAUUCUGUCUUGUAAAUCAGUGGUUUUAAUCCAUGCUCCACAAGGCCCGACGGUCAGAUGUUGACGUUUAAAACAGUCAAAUGUUGGAAAAAUCUCACCACCGGACUGAGGUGGAUGUGAGGAUGUGAUGAACCCGCUUGAGAGGCAUCAGUCCGUAAAGUCCUGCCUUCAAGUAUAUAAAGGUGUUGAACCGGUCCGGCUUUCACAGCGUCCUAUCACGGCCUAGCUGCUGCUUUACGUUAUCCUGACAUGAACGACAAAUCUGGGGGGAAAACAUACGUUAAAAGAUGUUAAUUAUCGGCUUCAAAUACUUCAUCUCCAAUCUGCAGCUUCGAUUUAAAAUGUUUUAUCAGUACCAGCCUUAAAACAAACAACAUCUUGCCAAUCAGAUUAUAUCAGUAGUUCGUAGGUUUUCGUUCAAGCUCUGCAGGUGUUAGAUGAUUAGCAUGGUGUUGAAUAGAGAUGAGGAGCACGUGAGUUGCUGUGGCGUUUGGGUAAAACGGAGUUUGGGUCUCAGUUAGAGCCGCAGUGUUUGCUUAUAGGUAAUGGAUUAGAUAGUUUACACGGAUCACGCAGGGUAGUAAACAAAGAAACUAGGAAUUUUAUCAGGAUCUUGUUAAAUUGACAAAGUUUUACAGUUGAGGUAACGGACAAAUAAAAUAAACUUCAUCCCCAAAGUUAAUACAGUUCAUCCUGAGGGGAACACGAACUUCUGUGCCAAAUUUCAUGGCAAUCCACCCGACAGACCUUUUUCACAGCAGCCAUUUUGCCAAGAAAUAGUAGGGUAAACCAAGGUGUUACCAUUGACACAAAUUGAUCCUUCCUCUGUCAACUUUCUCCUUUCCUGUUCUUAAUUAUGCUACGUGCUAGGCUCGUUUAUGUUGAAAAGGUGGUUAACAAAUAAAAGUGACUUAUAUAGUCACAUCAAAGCUUAGCUAAUUAGUUAACUAGCUAAUCUACAUCAAUCGUUAGUUAGCUAGUUAGUUAGUUGUUAACACUAGUCAAUUUAAGAUGGGUCUUAGAGGCUAUACGUCCCUUUUAUCUUUUAACUAAUUUUAAAAUUUGGUUGUCUUUUCAACAUAGACGAGCACUUCAUUCGACAAACGCUCGCUGCUCGGGGACCAACACGGCGGCUUGUUUGGAAACUUUCUCUAAUAUUACGGAAAUAGUUUUUCUAAAAACAUUUUAAGACUGAAAUACGUCGUGCAGUUGCUUAAUCUGUUUUUAUUUUAGAUUAAUCUGAUGUAACUAAAGAUUGAUGCAUUUUGUUUAACAUUAGCCAACUUAAGAUGUGACUACACAGGGUUUAUGUCGCUUUUAACAAUCUUUAAAAUUUUCUUUUCAACUCCUGAUUCAACAAACGUUCGAUGCUCGGGCACAAACAUGGCGGUCGGAGCAUUUUGACCCGAAUCUUAAAUGGUAACUCCUCUGUUUACUAUUUCUUGUCAAAAUGGCUGCUGUGUAAAAGGUCCAUAGCUGUCGAGAAAUUCGUACGAUGGGAUGCUUCGUCGCUAUAACAAGAUACUCGAGAUACGUUUUGUGAUUUGUUGGUUGCAGGAAAACUGUCGCACGUCGUACUCGUGACCGCACCUCAGAGCAGCCGUUAGCGUUCUGUGAUUCACCGUUGAUUUGUUUCACAGCAGCUCGCACCCGGAGAGAGACGUAACCACAACCAGUGCUCGACAACAAGGAUCCCAUGGGUUGCUUUCUCCAAAAACCCUGUGAAUUAGUAAAUACAGUGUUACUCAUCAUAUCGCAGAUUGCCAGAAGUUGUCACUGUAUGAGCAAUAAAAAAAACAUCAUUCUCUGUGGUAAAAACCUCAACCUAAGCUCGAGAAACCCCCCCACACUUCCUCCCUCACUCUCGCUCUGCUUGCACUAAAAAGGUUCCUCCGAGUCGGAUGUUUCCCUCCCCCUUCCGACGACGAUAAGCAAGCAGAAGUUGAAGCUCUGCUCUCCCAUUAUCACCGUCUUAACUAUAGGGCCCUCCAUGAAUCUGCACUGUGUGUCUACGUACACGGGAAAACAAAAAGCUUUUUCUUUUUUCUCUGUAAGCAAUAAUGACGUUGCAUUAAAAGGCUCUCUGAGGGUUUGUCUUCCGCUGAAGGAUGCAACCACACAGUCGUUCUGUCAGCCAUAUUUGAAAGGUCACUUAAAGUUCCUGAAGUCAGUUUCUCAUUCAUUGGAUUAUGAGUCAUAAUCUGCCGGCUGUAGUGAGGUUCAGGCGCUCCUGCACCUCCUGUGAACCAGGUAGCUAGCAGGUAGAAAAAUGAACGUGAAGCCGUCUUCUCUCCGCGACGAAGGAGGCAGGACAUUCCCGCUGUAUCGGCGUUCCUCUGUGUACAUUUGAAGAGGCCGCCCGGAGUUAGAGCGCUCUGUUCAAAUGUAGGCCGGUGGAUAAUGUGGAUGAGAGGGCGGGAGGGAGGGAGGUGAGGUAGGGAGGAAGGUGGGUGGGGUGAGAUCACUCCGAGGGCUGUGAUUGGUCCACACCAUGCCAGCCCUGUCCUUCUCGUCCUCCAGGCUCGAAGACAAACCCCAUGAUUGGCUCUUCUUCAACAUGCAGGUUAGGUUUAAAAAAACAAACAAAAAAAUCAGUAAAACACACUUGUUGAGUACCUGUAUUAUCUGUGUUCCUGUAGUAUAGAAAUAUGUGUAUUGUAACUGGUGACUAAUUAUCAUGUAUAUAAAGAUUAGACCAAG